AUGGCAGUGAAAAAUCUCCUACCGCUCUUCUUUCUGGUUGUUUUCGUUGGUAUCCUUGCUGGGGUUGGAUACGUCGUCUACAGCAUCGUCCAGGAUGUGAGCAAGAACACGAAGGAGAAAAUGGAGCGCAAGCACAUGGUGUUCUCGAAAGAUGGAAUGAAGGUGCGGGUGAAGGAAAUAAAGGAUGAGGAGUACAAGGAUCGGAGCCAAAGUGUACUUGUCAACAUUUGGAACCACACCUCGUUCCCUGCGUAUAAAAGUCGACUUUGGGAUAUGGGUGGUGCGGAUGCGACUAAGACUGAGCAUGGGGCUGAGAAGCGCAAG